CAAAAAUUGCAACAUGAAUGCCGCGCUUUAUGACCAUAGACUAACGUUUGUUUGAUUUGACAGCUACGUCACGUCAACAGGGCAAGGGGCAAUUGACUUAACCGUACUGCCGACUCGCAUUUACAUAUAAUUCAAUAAGUGAUUUUAAAUGAAUAAUUUUCUUAACCUUACAUGAUACAAAUGUAAGGAACAUAGCCGAUUAUAGAAAGGCUCUUAUGCACUGAAGAAACCAUGGAGAAGUUGUCACUAAAGGAGUUUUUCGCGGCGUAUAAGAGGUGGGUGAUAAGUAAUCCUAAUUUGGUUACCGACGUAGAGACAGUGGCUACAUGGUCCUCAUAUUUUGUGGCCGGGAAGAUAAAUAAGUCACCUAUAGUCUCCGAACUCGUGUAUUCUUUGUCUAAGCUGCUUUCUUUGUUCAACGACAAAUUAAUACGAGAGGCGUACGGCUCGGAAGUGCAGUUCUACAGCCUUAGGGAGCAGAUUAAGCUAUGGCUGACCGUUAUACAUUAUUCAGAAGUUUUUGUGGAGCUUGUGGUCAAGAACAGAUGGGGGAAUAAGGGGAAAUGGACGAUCGCUACGCUACUGCAGCUAUUCAAGUGUUCUUCCGCUCUGAUACUACUCUUGAGGUUUAAGGAGCUUCCUAUUCAGCACCCGCCUGUGGCUGCGCUUCAAAGGAAGAAGUUUACAGAAGAAAAAACUAGUGAUGAAGGUGAGGGCUCAUUCUUCACUUUAAAACGGUCUGGAAGGGUGAUAAGACGCGUAGACGGCGCUCCACCAGUCGCUUUCAGAGAUUGGCAGCCAGUGAAACUAAAAGAUGAUAACAGCCUUCCAGUUAACGUUAAGGAUUUGGUGUAUGCUGAAUCUCUGCAUAUACUUAAGCCGCUGAUUCAUUUAGCGGCUAUGAGAGUUUUCGGAACGAAAGCUUGGCGCCAAUGGCUCGUAUCACUAGGCAUCGACUUAGCUAGCUUGAAGCUGUAUAACCGUCACAUGAAAGACUUGACUGCGGAGCAGAGGCUGGAGAUCAGUCGCAGGAAACUUGGACUCGUAUUAUAUUUAUUACGUAGCCCGAUGUACAAUGGGUAUUCGAAGAACGUAAUAGAAAGUGUUCUGACAUCAGCGUCAAACAAGGUUCCCUUGAUGGCAUUUAUUUGUGGUCCAGUCAUACAGUAUCUCAGCCACUGGCAAGAUAUAUAUUUCUACAUGUGGGCUUCAUAAAUAACAGUUUUUUUUUAUUAGUGUGGUUAGCCGUCUAUGUCACUAUAUUAUUUUACAUACCUUGGAUAUGGUGACAGCUGUCACCAUAACUCGAGUGGCAUAUGUUUGUGAGUUGUUGGAAUUUUGCUUUUAUUUCAAUCAAUCAACUUUGAAGUUUAAAUUACAUAAUCAAUUAGGAGUUCACGGCCUACUAUUAGCGGUUUAAGGUUAUAAUUUGUAUGGAGAUGAAAGCUAUUACCCAAGCUAUGUGAAAUAUAUUAUUGUGGAGUAAAAAUAUACUCUUAAACCAUAUUAGUAAUUUGGUGACAUGCUUGUUGACCUGACUAUUAUUUAUGUGUCAUUCUCAGGUAAAAGAUUCCACUGUUAGCUAUUAAUAAGACAAGAAGAGACACUUAGAGACUUUUAUUAAUUAUGAACAGAGUAGUGCCUUUUGCAUCAGGCCAUCACAAUAUGUUUCAAUGAAAUUAUGUGCUAAAUUAAUGUCUGUUUAAAGACAAAAUAUUCUUCUUUGUCUUGUGUUGAUGGUUUUGUAUUUCAUAUAAAGCGGGACCAGAAGGUAGCAAUGCUUAACACCCUGUCUGUUGCAUCCCAUAGAUCUAGCACGAAACAUGUGUGAGGGUUCGCUGGGCAGUAGGGCUAAGAUGGAUAUGGAACCAUGCUGCCACCGCAGGACCGCAUGUGUAUCAUUGGGAGCUGUGCCACGUAUGCAUAGAGUAGAGAUUUGAAUCUGAAUGGCUUAGGCCGCCCCACCUAUAUCAAAUUCUCUUUGCUCAGCCAACCUGGGAACGCAGAUGAGUUUAAUUCUUAUUAAUAUGAGAAUGUUGACUAAUUUUGACUCAAAGUUAAUGAUAAUGACAUAGGCUCUCCUAUAAAAUAAUUAUACUAUUCUGUAUAAAAUAUUUAUAAGGGAAAAAUAUAUUAGUUUUACAAGGGGGCAAAGUUGUUUAACCCCUUGUGAUAAAAUUGGUGCCCGAGCAAGAAAAAGAUUCUAAAAUUGUGUUCCGAAGAGUGGAAUCUUGAGAGUUGCGAUGGUUUCAAGACACUAGGAUUUUAAAAAAACUCUGAAACACAAAAAAUUUCACCACACCAAUGUAAGGAAAAUACUAUAAAACAUUACAAAUCAAAUUUACAAUUAAAUAUUUAUCAUUCAAAGUCAAAUGUACUAGACUACAUGUGGAAACAACUCAAAGUUUGCAUUAGAUUACUUUCCCUCUCUUGUGGAUAAAAUGCAUAUUUCACAUCACUUUUUUCAAGUAUAAAGAGAGUCUUUACGAGCUGCGGUUGUAGCAUGGUCACAUUUUUAUCGCCUGUCACCAUGCCUGUCACGUUCUAAAAAGUAUGUAAGUGCGAAAGUGACAGGUAUAGUGAUAGGAUAGGUGAUCGAAAUCCUUCCAUGCUACCACCGCUGGUGUGGUGAAAAAUCUAUGUCCAUUGUGAUUUUAUUAAAUUCUAGAGAUACUGUUAAAUGUUAAGAGAGAUUUUAAUUGUGUAUAUAGAUUUUAAUAGUCCUCAAUAGGUAGGGGAGACUGGGUAGAGUUGGUCCUCUAAAUUAUAAAUCUAUAUUAAAUUUAAAAUAAAUCAAAUUAUCCAAAUUUUUUAUUGAUUGGCAAAUAAUUAUGGUUUUAUCAUUUAGGUGACCGAGUCUUUGCUUACCCCGUUACAAUUGUAAAUAAUUUGUUCUAAUUGAUCUAGACCGUUAUACACACCCUUGUUGAGGAAUUAAGAGGUCAUAUUGAACACAUUACCUGCUUAUUAGUAGUGUGGACGAUACAAAAGGCCAAUAACUAAUAAUGAGAUCUCUUAUUAGUUGGAAUUCUGUGUGCUUCCAGCUGUGGUAUAAAAGUGAAUGUUGUACACUGCACUUGUUUUAGAUGUGGUUAUAAUAUUGUGUCUACCCGGAAUAACUCUUCGAUCCUAAUAGGAGAAAAAAAGUGUACCGAAAAUUCCAUACAUUUUCCGGUCCUUCCAUUCCGUUACCGUCGUACAACACACACGAACUCGCCGCCAAAAGAUGUUCCUUUACAAUCGAAGUUACGGUCUCAUUUUUAAAACGACAUGCUUAAAUUGCAUGAGACUUGGCAUUCACAUUUACGCAUAACAUACCUAUAGUUCGUGUCAUCCACGAUGACGUGCAGAUUAGUCAAAUCUAACCUUUAAUAACUUGACAAUAAGAGUCAAGACACGCGUCGUCAUAUGUCGUGGUUGUUGCUAAAAAUUAUUAUACGAAAAAUAUUUGUCAACAUUGUUAUACAAGUAAACAAUAAGUAAAAAAACUUCUAUUGUAGCUCCUUAAAUUGGCCACGGGACACAGGCAUCACCUUUGACCGUCUAUUUGCAUUUUUUUCUUUAACAGAAUCAUUAGCUUCUAGGAGAUUUUCGACGUGUUGUGCCAAAUUAAAGUCAAAUAAAAAAAAAAAAAACGCCAGAACCACAAAUUAUGUAGGUUUAUUGCUGUUAUUUUACUCUUACUCGUACACUUUGAAUACCAUUGUAUGAGUUAUUGUUUAUUAUGGUUUUGGAUAUAGUUAUUAAGGUGACUGGUACCAUUUUAAGGAGUAUAUGUGACAUCCCAUGGGUAAAGGUACCUUAUGGCGGUUGGCGCCGUACCUUUUCUCGUAGAACGUCACAAAUGUCUAUAAUUUUCUAUGUAUGUAUAGUAUAUGUAAUAAAUAAUAAGACGCGUAAAGUAGUACACAAUAUUGUAGCAUUUUUAGCUGUCAAUUAUACAGCUCAAGUGGAUGACGCAUGGCGCAAUACGUUUUUUUUUUUUAUUUAACUUGCCCUGUUAGUAUGUAUGAUAGUUAGUGUGGGUCAAAUCUUGCAAGCUAAAUUUGACCUUCCCGAUUUACGAUUGAGCUGAAAUUUUGCAUACAUCAUAUGUUAAUCGGAUGACAAUGCAAUGUUAUGAUGAUAUGGAGCUGAUCUGAUGAUGGAGACAGGAGGUGGCCAUGGUGUUUGGGGUUCUGUCUCGAUGAGUAUUAGUUGCCUGUGGAAAGAAAAGCACAGGCAGCGAUAAAAGCUUGUACCAAACAUUAAUCUUUUGCCCUUAAAUUAUUAUUUGUAACUGGAUUGUAAUGAGUUAUACUAGGCCGUACAGCGUAUCUACUUCUAUCUAAGGUCACUUCGUGGAGACCAGCAUGUAAAACGUAUUGCAGGGAAGAAGGGCAAGAACUCUCGUAUUUGUAUACUAAGACGCUCAGACACAGUCAGGAAGGAAGAUCUUCACUCCUGCUCUACUGACCUUCUGUAAGUUAUGCGUAGUCAAGGUACUUAAUAUCGACACGAAUAAAGUGCCAAAAAUAUGUACACUUUAAUGUAUGGGCAAUAAGGUCGUGUAUACAUAUUUUUGGCACUUUGUCAGUGUCGAUAUUUAAUACCUUGGCUGUACAAACGUAAUAGUUAAAAGUGACGAAAGAGCUUAGUAGACAGUCUUCUCCAUCUCCACAUUGACUUUACUUCAAUAGUGUGUAUUACUGCAAUGUUCUGCCGCCAGAGAGCAGCACUAUCAUAUAUUCUUAACCAUAGAACUCAUGCCUUAAACAGUUUUUUGAGAAGUUUUCACUAUGACAUUAAUGCAUCAAGGCUUUUUUUUUAUACUAACGUCGGUGGCAAACAAGCAUACGGCCCGCCUGAUGGUAAGCAGUCUCCGUAGCCUAUGUACGCCUGCAACUCCAGAGGAGUUACAUGCGCGUUGCCAACCCUAAUCCGGCCGAUCGUAAAGUUCCUGUGUAAUGUUUUCACGGUAGUCACAUUGUCCAGAAAUAGGAGCUCCGCGUAGCGGGGAUCCGUCGAUUCAGGGAACUAGACAAUGAUUUUCACAAUUCACGGUACGCAUAGGAAUUUAAUGAUCUGCCUGAUUUUACGAUAGACCGCCGAAUAUAAAUUUUCUCACCUUGGAACGGAUCAAGGUGAAGAAAUGUGCCCACCUUGCUCCAAAUUUCGAAAUUUAAAAUUAUUGUAUUGUGGUAUGUUGAUAUUAUACUUAUGUCACUUUAAAGUAGACCAUCAAUUGAUGAGGUUGUUGGAGCACGAUUAUCCAGUGGCGAGCAAAGUAGGCACAUUUAACGGUACAUGUACAUACAAUGUAGUUAUUAUGUAAUGUACAAAAUAAAUUGUUUUUGUAUUUCAUCCGCCAUUUCAUUCAUUUCAUCAAUUCAUUUGUCAUACUAAAAUCUGUUUUAUUAAAAGAAGAAGACUACUUAUAUAAACUUCGAAGAAAACGCCGUCUGUAGACUGUUUAGUUCCUAACUCUAUGACUAGAUGUCGCCAGUGGUCUUCGAUGCACGAAUAUAUACCGAAAUUCAGAAUGGAGUAAGAACAGUGAAUUUGGGAUAUUCGGACUGGUUUUUGAGAUUGUUAUUGUAUAAAUAUAUAAUAUUUUUGAUGAGUUCAAUUUAUUUUUCAUGAUAAAAACCAUAAAAAUGAACGUAAUAGAGAUACAAAUAGUAGAACUGUGAUUUUUCAUAUUUUGGCGCUAUAGGCAUGACAACGCACGACACCUUUAAGGGGUCUAGGCGUUGAAAGGGUUCACUAAAGCCAUAUCAAAUUAAGACAGUGUCAGUAUAAACAUCAUAUAUUCAUAUAAAUUUGACAUUAAUGAUGAGAUUACUACACUUUGUCGUUGUAAAUUCCAUGCAGAGUUAGCUUGGUUUGAAUCUAGUGAGUUUUGUUUAUGACGAUAUUUUGUGGUAGUUAACUCAACAACAAAACUUUUACCAACCAGAGUUAGGUACCACAUUAUGUACGAAAUGGUGAAGCGCCAUCUGUAUUUUUUUUGACAAAUUCGUAGCACGUAGAUGACGUAGACUAUAUAAUCACAGAAUCUUUGGAAUAACAUUACAAUUCAAAAUAAUAUUAUGUACUAAAAGUGCCAAUUAAUUUGUAUAAUUAUGUUAUGGCGUUUAAAAGGUUCUAGUGUAAAAAUAUAGUUAUUUUAAUAUUGUAUUAGGUUAAGUUUUAGUAAUAUAGGUGAUGUUACUCUAUUUUCAGUAAUUCGUGGUGAUGUCUGUAUAGUUCAUUUAAUACGUAUUCAUUUUGAAUCACAUUUAAAGUAAAAUAAGUUAUUGGGUCAGUUGGUUUGGGAAAAACUCUAAUAAAAAAUGUUUUUAUUAGAAUUUUUGUGGAGUAGGUGUGUUUUUUUAACUAUAUUUGUUUACAUGUCAGACCUUUUUUGUGUACCAAGUACCCAUUAGUUGUACGUACCUAAUUUAUAUUUGUAAAAAAUUAAACUGUACAAGUAAUGUAAAAAUCGUCUCAAAAUAAAAUAAAAAUUUGACAUUCCA